AUGCCUGGAAAACCAACUAGAGACAGAGAUAUAGGAAGAACAUUUAUAAACUUAGAUGCGGGAAAAUGGACAUUUCCAAUAACCGACUGUCAGCGUCAUGCCUUGAUUCAAAACAAUCUCCAUCAAAAUAUAGAGAAAUCUAAUGAAAGUUACCUUAAAGACACAAAUAACAGAAAUUUUUCUAAAUUUCAUUUUACUCAAAAACUGAUUAACAGCGAAACUCAACACCGCAGGUUAGUUUACUCCUUGUCAAAAGAUAAAGUUUAUUGCUUUCCUUGUAGACUUCUUUCGCAUACACAGACUCAGAUGGUGAAAGAAGGAUGUUGUGACUGGAAAGAUCCAAGUCGGAUAUUGCAUCAACAUGAAAAAAAUCAGGGACACAUAGAGUGCAUGGUUAAAUGA